AUAUCAUUGCAUUGUGCACAAGUGAAAUAGUCUAAAAAUAAGUACUAAAUACUAAUGUGUUUUGUGUCUGAUUUAUUAAAGGUUAAAGAUUAGAUAUACAGACUUCUUAUACUAUCAAACGCCUGCGAUGCGAGUCACUCAGUACGAUAAAUACUUUCAGAGUGUUCGGACGUGAAAAAGAACAACCUAGAAUAUAAACUCGCGAAAUUAAUUGAAUUGAACUAAAUUAUGAUUUGGUUGGUGCUUGCAAUUGCCAUAGUGGCUUUGAUAGUCAUUAUGAUGAUGAGAAAAGAAGAAGAGAGGAGGAAAUAUUUCGAAUCAAGAGGCAUCAAAGCUGACAAACCAAGAUUCUUUAUUGUGAUUCUAUACAAAUUUCUUACAAAGCAAAUGGGAAUUGUUGAAUUGCUUGAAGGCAUGUACUACGAAUAUCCGGAAGAAAAUAAAGUUGUUGGCUUCUGGGAUGGAGACACACCUAUAAUUAUGAUGAAAGAUCCAGAUGUUGUGAAGCGAUUCGCCGUGAAAGAGUUUGAACAUUUUCAAGAUCGCAGAAACUUUAUUUCGGAAGAGAUGGAUCCACUGUUUGGGAAUUCUUUGUUUUUGCUGAAGGAUCAAAAAUGGAGAGAUAUGAGGGCUACACUAAGCCCUGCUUUCACAGGCAGCAAGAUGCGCCUAAUGUGUGAUCUUAUUGUGGAGAUCGGAGUUCAAAUGGUAGAAUUUUUGCAAAAAGAGGCAAAAGAUAAGGGACCUCAAACCUACGAAAUGAAGGAACUCUUCUCAAGAGUCUCCAAUGAUGUCAUCGCUACCUGUGCCUUUGGAAUAAAUGUGGAUUCCUUGAAACACAAAUCCAAUGACUUCUACCUAACAGCUAAGGUUCUUUCUGAUUUUAAUAGCGUAGGCAAAAUAUUACGGAUGACAUUUAGUCAGUACUUCCCUAAAAUUUCGAAUGCAAUUGGUUUAAAAUUUAAUCCAGAUAAGGACACAAAUUUCUUCAGAAGCUUAGUAACUGAUGCCAUGAAGUACCGAGAGCAACAGAAUAUCGUACGUCCUGAUAUGAUUCACCUCUUGAUGGAAGCCAAGAAGGGAAAGCUCAACCAUGCUAAAACCGAAAAGGACACCGCAGGCUUUGCUACGGUUGACGAAAGUGUCCAAUGGAAAAGAUCUGAUCGAAAUUGGUCGGAGAAAGAAAUUGUUGCUCAGUGUUUCCUAUUUCUUCUCGCAGGAUUCGAAACAGUUUCAGCAAGUUUGAGUUUUGCAGCCUAUGAAAUUUGUGCGAAUCCUGAAGUGCAGGAAAAACUUUAUGAAGAAAUAAAGACAGUCGAUGAGGAUUUACAAGGUGAUCGAAUAAAUUAUGAAACUCUGAGUAAGAUGAAGUACUUGGAUAUGGUGAUUUCGGAAUCCCUAAGAAAAUAUCCACCAGCAACCAUUGCUGAAAGACAAUGCAAUAAAGACAUCACACUGGAACUCUUCGAGGGUAUGCCUUACGAUUUUAAGAAGAAAGAUGGUUUGUGGAUUCCCAUCUAUUCUCUUCAGAGAGAUCCCAAAUACUUCCCCAAUCCUGAAAAAUUCGAUCCUGAACGCUUCAGUGAUGAGAAUAAAUCGUCAAUCAAUCCAAAUGCCUAUAUUCCAUUUGGAGUUGGUCCGAGGAACUGUGUUGGCUCCAGAUUUGCAUUGAUGGAACUCAAGACAUUGGUUUACUACAUGGUGUUGAACUUUUCACUUGAAGUAACAGAACAGACACAAAUUCCUCUCCAGUUGGGAAAGACUUUCGGAUCCCUAAAUUCAGAAAAAGGAAUUCACAUAAGACUUCGCCCAAGAAAUUAAUUUUUCUUGGAUUCUUGAAAUUUGAAAAAAAAGCAAUUGAAAGUUAUAUAAAAGUGCGAUAAUUGUUUUUUUAUAAAAUUAGUCUAAGCCCUCAAGUUUCAAUAAGGAAUAACUGGCAAAAGUUGUAAGAAAAAACAAUAAAAUUUUUAAAAUGCAAUUUUAAUUCUUUAUAUGGAUAUUGCUUCUCUUGUAUUAAUAUGCAUAAUUUAAUAAAAUACUUUACUGAAUUCCA